GUCUACCCCACUGCACUAGAUGGAAAACUAGGACAACUUCUACCAUACUCUUCUCUCUCUCCUUCAUCCUAUAUGAGGACAUUCUAGGAAAAAUGCAAAAGAAAUUAUUCUAUAACCUGUUUUCUCAUAUGUUGUUCUAAUCAACACCUAAUUUGGAAGCUAGUGAUUUUCAGAGAAGCUGGAGUGCCUUCCAGCUUGGUUAAUCAAGAAGAACAUUAUUUUCUCAAAGAAUAAGGAACUCCAGACUGCCUUACUGGCAGAUACCUGAAGCUUCUAUCAGCCCAGUUGCUCUCCUCUCAACUGACUCCUUCCAUCAUGAAAAUCAUGUUCCUUUUCUCUGUUCUCUUCCUUUUUGUGGCUCUCCUACCACCAGGUAGAAGAUGUACUACAAGAAUUCCAGCCAAAAGUUUUAGUUUCUGGACUUCAAAAAUAUGUCUUACCCUGCAUGGCAUCUGCAGAAAACAAAUUUGCAACCCAACAGAACAGACCAUUGGCCAGUGUUCAAAAAAGAAAAAAUGUUGCCGAUUUUUGUGGAUCAAGUCACCAGUAUAAUAAAACACACAACAAAGCCAAUGUAAAUCUGGCCACACACAAAAAAAGCACUAUGGAUCUCAUAUUAGCCAUACAGAAACUGACAACUUCACCUUCCAAAAAAUGCAAUGUCAGAUUCCUCUUUGGUUAGAAAUAAACAUUUAUUUAAAUUCCA